CAUUUGACAGUUCCAAGUAUUUGCUUGAUAUGUAACACAUACAUGCACGCAUUUAAUUUAAUUUUUCGCAGCGAUUAACAUAAGUAAUAAAAAUAGAUUUUAUUAAAAUCAUUUCAAAUUCAUUGAGAAAUAAUAAUGGAAGGAUUAGUCAAUUACAGUAGCGAUGAAGAACACGAAGAUUAUGGCUCCCAAUCUAUGUUGCGAAUUCUUUAGGAUGCCCGCAGAAGUCCUAACUUGGAACUAAAAAAUGGGAACGCUUUGCUAAAGGGCGUUGGUGGCGUUAGUGCAGCAAAUGAACGCAGCAACUACAAAAAUGAGAAACAGCAAUACAUAAUCGUAUAUAAAACAGAUUGACUAGACUCCGAAGAAAAACUCAAAAUUGCACACAAAGUGGUUUGCGAUGUGCAGGAAAUGAAAAAUAAUUUUUUACAGAAAUUAAAAAAGUAAGAACGUCUAAAAAGCCUAAAGCCUUAAGACAUUUUUAUGCAAUAUUAUGCAGUUAAACCCGAAGGAGAUUUUUAUGUGUGUUCCCUUAACUUUACUGAUUAGGAGCUGUGCUUGAACGUGAGUAUACUCGUAUUAUAACAAACAUUUGCAAACAAAAUUUAAGUUCUCUUACAGGAUAUACUACUUAUUUAACAUUAUAAGUUAUAUUAAAUUAAACUAUAAUAAAAAGAAGGUGAAAUGGUGUCAAACGAAAGUUAGAAUAUGUGGUCAUAUUUUGUUUUAGAGCAUUUCUAGCUAAAAUCAUAUAUUAAUAUAACAGUGUUUUCCAUUAAUAUUUUUAUUACAGAGUUCGAGGCGAGAUAAAUACAAUGCUACAGAAUUAGGCAGUAGAAAAAGCAACUCACCACACACCAGUCGUGAAAAUGAUAGAAGUAAUCGUUCCACAACCCAGUAUAGUAGUGGACGUAUGGUCGGAAAAGAUACUAAUCCAGAUUCAUCGUACAAUAACAACCGUACUGGGAGCAGGAAUAUUCGAUCAGGAUCUCCUUAUACUAAUCGUGAUAGUAGAAGCAAUCGCGCUGAAUCCCCAUUUACUAAUCGUGAUAAUGGUAGAACCAAUCGCGCAGAUUCUCCAUAUACUAAUCGCGAUAGUGGUAGAGGCAACCGCGCAGAUUCUCCCUAUACUAAUCGCGAUAUUGGUAGAAGCAACCGCGCAGAUUCUCCUUGUACUAAUCGCGAUAAUGGUAGAAGCAAUCGCGCAGAUUCUCCUUAUACUAAUCGCGAUAUUGGUAGAAGCAAUCGCGUAGAUUCUCCCUAUACUAAUCGCGAUAAUGGUAGAAGCAAUCGCGCUGAUUCUCCCUAUACUAAUCGCGAUAAUGGUAGAAACAAUCGCGCAGAUUCUCCUUAUACUAACCGCGAUAAUGGUAGAAGCAAUCGUGCAAAUUCUCCCUAUGCUGGUCGUGAUAGAAAUCGCGCAGUUUCUCCUCAUGAUAAUAAGGACACUGGUAGAAAUGUUCGUCCAAAUUCUCCGUAUGGUAGUAAUUAUCGCGAAAGUGGAAGAGACAACCGUUAUAAAUACGAAAAAGCAAAUGAGCGUAGUCGUCCAAAGGAGCAUUUUAAAAAUGAUUAUCACACCGAUCAGCGAAGAUCACAACGUGACGAAGAUCGAAGUUCUAAACAUCAAGGAAAUUACCAAAGUGAACGUCAAAGUAAUAGUUCUCGUAAUGAACGCAACCGUUAUGGAGACAUGUCACGUCGAAAUCAAUCACAUCACUAUGAUAGAUCACCACGACGUGAUCGUGAUCGUGAACGUAACGAUCGUUUCUCUGAACAACAAAGGCGUCGUCGGGAGGAUUCUCGUUCUCCUUCUCCAAAACACCGUCACCACAGGCAACGUUCUGGUUAUAACGACGAUAAACCACGUUACCGUAAGCGUGUGUCUCGUUCACGUUCUAAUUCUGCUUCAUCUCCAAGACGAUCAGGUUCAAAAGAUCGCACACAAAAAUCCCGUUCAGCAACACAAAACGCGGAUCGCAAAAUAAGUACAGAUGAGGGAAAAGAAAAAUUGAACCCAAACUUCAAUCGUCAUUCGGAAGCUCUAUUAUCAUUACCACUCAACAACAAUGCGCCAAAACAACCAAAUAUCAUUGCAGUUACUCCUUCGACCACUACUACAAAUAAUGGUGAACCUGCUGUCAUACAGUUACCAAGCUACUAUAAUCCUAGUGUCAUAAAUCCAAAUAAGUAUGCAGAACAGGUUCAGAAGCGUAAAUUAAUUUGGGGUGCGAAAAAGUCUGAAGACACUUCCGCAAAAUGGGGCAAUGCACAAUUUUCGCAAGAUUCUGAUGGUAAAGUUGCUUCCAAGUUUAUGCGGCUAAUGGGUAUUAAAAACAGUGCACCACCUACUCCUACCACUACUACUGAAGUUGAGAAAAAACCUACGGAACCAGUGGAUGUUAAAUCUCGUGAAGAUAUGUUCUCCAGCAUGGAAAAGCAAUACGAAGUUGCACGUCAAGUGACUCACACAAUGCGAGGUGUUGGCUUGGGUUUUGGGUCGCAACCACGACCAUUUUAAAGAGCUUAAACCCAAAAUAAUGUAUGUAUGUUUGUAAUGAAUCUUUUUAGUGUAAUUUUUUUUUAAUUUAAGAAUUGUAUUAUUUUAAUAAACAUUAAGCAACAAUGUUUAACUGUAUCUGUUGAA